AUGUCUUAUUCGAGCUGUCUUCCAUCAUUUCCACGUGGUCCCAUUGGUCCCGGUCCUCCCGGUGCUCCACGAAGUCCCGGUGGUCCAGCAGGAGCCGGAACGUCUCUGACUUCUCCAGGUUGUCCAUCGUCUCCACGUCUUCCAGGCCGCCCAUCUUCUCCGUUCGGUCCACGUUCUCCUUGCUCUCCUGGCCGUCCACAUCUUCCAUUUCUUCCUGGAACUCCAUCCAUUCCAGGUCUUCCCGCACUUCCUGGUGGUCCCUGGUUUCCAGGAGCUCCCGGUGGUCCAGCAGGGCAAUCAAUCUCGAAUUCAGAGCCAUCCGAAGCGCCUCCAUCCAAAUCUCUUCCGUCUUGUCCAGGUCUUCCGGCUGGUCCAUCUUGUCCGUCUCUUCCAGGACUUCCCGGGAAUCCUUGUGGUCCAGCCAACCCGAUUCCACAGCUGCAACAAGAAUCAGAAGACGAGGAAGAUGACGUGGCAGCGGCGUCAACCGUUCGAGAGCAUUCUUCAUAUGUGCCUCGUCGCGUCUUUCGAGACGAAUCAAAUUGUACAAAUGCUCCAAUCCUCCAUCGUAUUUGGCAACGUAGAAAUCAAAGUGAUCAGUUGGUGUAUCCGCUGGUCUCGGAUACCUUUUUGGAACUCCACUCCACAUUUUUCGAAGUUGACGAGCGAUUUGGAAUGUUGGUUCGAAUAGUGGAUGAGCCAACAUAUCUGGAUCUGGCAUCAUCGGAUCCAGUGGUCUGUUGCUGGUGGAUGGUUGAUUAG